GGCCGCGCUCAAAUUUAACAGUGUUGCCGUUCAGCCAGGCGCUACGCGUUUCGGAACGGUUUUGCUACAUCGUUUGUUUUCAUAUAAUACGAAGUUAAUUUGAAAAAGUGCAAUAGUGACAUCAAGUGUAGUGACAAGUGCAGUGAUGAGGCCCCCAUCGGAAUACAAUGAUACCAGGAUGCCCGCUGAGGCAGAGCAGGGAGAUACUAGGGCUCCUGCUAUGAUGAUUUGCGCGAGAUUAGCUGGACGAGCAAUUAUAAGGGUUGUUGGACGUUGUGAGGAUGCACAGGAAAACAGUCAAUUAGAUUUAUCAGAAUGUCAACUAAUGCAAGUACCAGAUGCUGUGUACCAUUUGAUGCGGCAUACAGAAUUAAAAAGCUGUGACCUCAGUGGCAAUGUUAUCACAAAAAUUCCACCAAAGUUUACUGUUAAAUUUAGUUUAAUUACAGACUUAAACUUAGCAAAUAACCAAAUAGCCAAACUACCAGAUGAGCUCUGUACUUUGGCAUGUUUAGAACGACUGGACAUCUCACAUAACUCCUUUGUGGCCCUACCUCAUAUAGCCUGCCAGUGUCCCAGCCUGCAUACACUACUCGCACAUCAUAAUCAAAUUAUUGAAGUUGAUGUUAAUAGAUUAGAGAGGGCUCGGGCACUUGAAUAUGUGGAUCUCAGUGACAACCCUCUUCCACCACGGACAUAUGAAGAACUUAAACAGCUCUCCCGCCCUCGGCUAUCUAUGUCAGAGCGACAGAAAGAAGAUUGGGAAGAGGAUCUUAUACUUUAAGAAUGUUCCUAAAAGGAAAUAGAUAAUAUGGAGAUUGUGACCUUAAUGUUACUAAAAACUGUGCUUUUAUAGUUAUUUAGAUAUUAGCAUGGAUUUUUUGAUAAAUUUGUAUUGUAUUGUAUUAUUUUAAUUAAAAUGUAUUCAAACAAUAGUGGUUUGCAGCUUGGCAGACUACAAAGCUAUAUUAUAAUAAGCAUGCUUUAUUGAGCUGUUUUACUUUACAAAGUAAGUAAACAAAAAGAAUAAGAAAUACAGUUUUUAAGGUAACAUUAACCUGGUGCUUCCUAGGAGAGGAUGCUCCUCAUUAACUGUGAUUAUGUAAAUGAACAUAGCAAUCCUAGUUACAUAGAUUUAAUGUUUUAAGCUCAAAGAUUUUUGUACUUAAGUGAUUGUGAUAAGUAUAAUUAAGCAUAGUCAACCAUAACAUCAUCUAGGCUAUAAUAAUUUUCAAAACAUUUUUUUUACAAUUUAUAUAUAUAUAUAAAAUUCAUACAUUUUUACAAUAAGAUCUUGUUUGUAUGAAAGAUAUGAAAGUACUUAAUUAGUAUUGUUGCUUGUGACAGUGUACUAAAAAACUAUUUUUUAAAAUAAAUAUUUUAAUAAUUUUCUCUUAAAUAAUUGAGUCACAAAAAUUAGCUACUAAGUUCAAAUUAGUUAAUCACUAACAAAGAUUUAUUUUUGUCAUAGCUUGUUGUAAUCCGAGUUAUACACGCUUUUUGUAAAUUUUAUUCUUAUUUGGCAUAAUAUAAAGCAUUACAACAUUUU